AUGGUGACCAGGCCGUUCAACGUCAUUCAGCCCAAGAAUGUCCCCGAGGGCACGCCAGAGUACGAAGCAAAGCGAACUGCUUUGCUUCGAGCCUUCAAUGAAAAGAUCCCACAGGAAUACUACGUCCCCGAGGAUGUAGUCAAGAACCCUCCGCAGGAUGUAUCGGGACUUGCGACCACCUUUGGCAUCUUGACUCCCGAAGAGAUUGAAAUUACCGAGAACUACGAUGCCACAAGUCUCGCGGAGGCCAUCGCUGGCCGCAAAUACACGGCUGUCGCUGUUGCCACGGCGUUUUGCAAGCGUGCCAUCGUCGCCCAUCAACUGACCUGCUGCUUGACCCAGUGGUUCAUGGACGAAGCCAUCGAGCAAGCAAAGUCGCUCGACGAGUAUCUGGCCAAGAACGGCAAGACCAUGGGCCCUCUACAUGGCGUUCCGGUCAGCAUCAAAGACCACAUGCCCAUUGCCGGGACUUAUUCUUCCAUGGGCUUCUUUGGUAGCAUCGUUAAAAAUGAAAAGGACAGCCAGCUGGUGGCGAUCCUGCGAAGCCUGGGAGCCGUCUUCUACUGCAAAACGAACCAACCUCAAACCUUGAUGCAUCUGGAGUCCGACUCGCACUGGGGCCGAGUUCUGAACCCUUACAACAUCCAUCUCUCGGCCGGCGGCUCGACGGGCGGCGAGGCAGCCUUGAUAGCGAUGAAAGGGUCGAUUUUGGGCGUCGGCACCGAUAUUGGCGGCAGCAUCCGUGGCCCUUCGGCGUUCUGUGGUAUCUACGGGUUCAAACCCACGUCAUAUACCUUGCCCAUGAAAGAUAUGAUUGCGGCUCCAUUUCCGGCAGAGCUCAAUGUUUUGUGCUCAAUCGGACCCAUGUGCCGCAGCCUGAGAGACAUGGAACUGUUCACGAGCAACGUUAUUGCGGCGAAGCCACAUCUCGAAGAUCCGAGGAUCGUGCCGAUGCCCUGGACAGGUCUCCAAACGCCCAUCGGUGGACGUCUGAAGGUCGGCGUGAUCAGCAACGACGGCUUCAUCGAUCCUCAGCCGCCUGUCAAGCGAGCCGUUUCCUGGGCGAAAGAGCUCCUUUCCGACCCAAAGUACUCGGAAAUCCUCGAGGUCAAGGACUUUACGCCCUACGACGCCACCGGAGCGUGGGCCAAGAUCCUUCGCAUGUACUGGCCAGAUGGGGGGAAGGCGAUGGCCGAGCACAUCAGCGAGACCGGAGAACCGAUCCACCCGCUCUCGUCGUGGAUCUGGAAGGAUGCAGAACCCCACGGGAUGCAGACCGGCGUCGACGUGAGCAACAUGCGCUGGGAGAGAGACGCCUUCCGUAUCGCGUUUGCCGAAAACUGGAACGCUCAGGACGUGGACGUGGUCAUUGGGCCUUGCUUCGUGGGACCGGCUUCGGCUCACGACACGGCCUUCUACUGGACGUACACGUCCCUGUACAAUUUCAUCGACUACCCCGGUGUGGUUAUCCCGACUCCAAUCAAGGCCGAGAAGGGCGAGGUGUAUGCUCAGGACUAUAAGCCGCUGAGCGAUGCAUGCGCGCAUGUCAAGCAGUUGUGGGAGGAAGGAAAUUUCGAGAAGGCGCCGAUUAAUCUGCAGGUGGUCGCGAGGAAGUACCAUGAUAGUCAGUUGUUUGGGGCGUUGGCCAUCUUGAAGGAUGUCUUGGGACUGCAGUGA